UGCAUCAAGUGUGGGCUUGGCAUCUAUGGAGCCCAGCAGGCGUGCCAGGCAAUGGGGAGUCUUUAUCACACCGACUGCUUCACCUGCGACUCGUGUGGAAGACGACUCCGUGGGAAGGCGUUCUACAACGUGGGCGAGAAAGUGUACUGCCAAGAGGACUUCCUGUACUCCGGGUUCCAGCAGACAGCCGACAAGUGCAGCGUGUGUGGACAUCUCAUCAUGGAGAUGAUCCUGCAGGCCCUGGGCAAGUCCUACCACCCAGGCUGCUUCCGGUGCUCCGUGUGCAAUGAGUGCCUGGACGGGGUUCCCUUCACCGUGGACGUGGAGAACAACAUCUACUGCGUGCGAGACUAUCACACGGUUUUUGCACCAAAAUGCGCCUCCUGUGCCCGUCCUAUCCUCCCUGCACAGGGCUGUGAGACAACCAUCCGUGUGGUGUCCAUGGACAGAGACUACCACGUGGCAUGUUACCACUGUGAGGACUGCGGGCUGCAGCUGAGCGGGGAGGAGGGACGCCGCUGCUACCCCCUGGCGGGCCACCUGCUGUGUCGUCGUUGCCACCUGCGGCGCCUCCAACCUGGGCCUGUUCCCUCACCCACUGUGCACGUCACUGAGCUCUGAGCAGGGGAAAACCCGUCCCAGGGCCGGGGUGGGUGUGGGUGUGGAGGGAGGGCCUGCGUGGGUGGCCCCGGUCAGUGUCGGGGGAGCUCCCUCUAAUCCCACUUUCCCACCGAGCUGCUGUCUGCAGGGGCCGGACCCCCGCGUGGAAGCUUCUAUUUAUUCACCGUCUGUGCCUGCUCAAGUCACCUCCCUGCGGGCCCUGCCUCCCACCCACCCCAUCACCAGCUUUCCACAUGGAGGCCCCCUGCGCCCUGCAGCCUCAGAGUAGGCCGUGGGUCACCAGGCUGGAGAGGGCCCCUGCCCUGGUCAGGGGCGCGAGGUGACCCGGCUGCAUUCCUGGGUGGGAGCUGCUGUCCCUUGUUCAGGGACCUGGGGAAACCGCCCCAUCCCCCGCAAAGCGCGCUCCCAGACAGGGUGUGGUCUGGAAGGCGGGGCUGGCAGGGACAUGGGUGUUCCUGCAUCUCCUAGAGCAGUUCCUGCUGGUGGGUGGGAGGGUGCCUGGCUUAGGUGGGGUCCCAGGAGGGGGUGAGGAAUGACACCCUGGGGAGCGGGACUGCAAAGGGCACUGUCUGUGGCCACGUGGUCACUGUGGGAAUUGGUCCUGGGGACUUUGAUGGGUGUUUGCAGCCCCACUUGCCGCCCUGCUCCCUCUUCCAGGGCUCCUGGCUUGGGUCCCCCCGCCCACUCCCCUGCUCAGAAAUGCCCCGUGCGGCUGCAGCCCGGGAUAUCGCUCAGGAGCGACGACGGGGGCGCUCUGGCCGCGCUGCAGGAAAGCCUGUGUUUGCACGCGGGGCACGGGGUUCCAAGACAAAAGGACAGGAUUUGACUUAAAUUAAGUUUUUCCCUUGAGGAUAUUUUCGUUUUCUUUAAAAGAAUAUAAUUUUCUUCUAA